AUGCCUUCCGUCGGCAACACGAAACAAAUGAAUGCGCUGCCUCGCCACCUGAUUGAAAAGGUUCAUGAGCUGGCCAACAACCUACUGCAGGAAGAAAACGAGGACUAUGCGGUGGCUCAAAGAACAUCCGCUUCCUCAUCCCACAAGUUCUACUCGACAAUCAUGACCUCCGGUACCUUGAGUGAUAAGAUCUCAGCUUUGACUUUGAACGUUCAAGAAUCACCCCUUCACAACACCAAGGCACUGGAAACCUUGAUUGGCCUCGGAAAGAAGCGCAGUCGUGCGCAAGCCGUUGAGGUUCUGCGAUCUUUAAAGGAUAUGUUUGCCCAGGGUACUCUUCUUCCGAACGAUCGACGACUCAGAGCCUUUGCCAACCAGCCUGGGCUCGUUGCGGCAUUCCAAGGUGCUGGUGGCCGAUGGAACGAGAAGGACCCCCUUCCCGGUGGCCUGCAGAAGAGCCAGCUGAUUGUUUGGGCCUUCGAAAACAUUGUCAAGGACCAGUUCUUUGAGGUUUUGAAGAUUUUGGAGAUUUGGUGCAAUGACGAAAUCGAAUUCUCCCGGUCUCGAGCCGUCAGUUAUGUCUACGAACUUCUCAAGGAGAAGCCUGAGCAAGAGACCAAUCUUCUGCGACUCUUGGUCAACAAGCUCGGUGACCCCGGCAAGAAGAUUGCAUCUCGAGCAUCCUACCUACUUCUGCAGCUAAUGCAGUCGCACCCUAUGAUGAAGCCCAUUAUCAUCAAGUCAGUGGAAGAGGUGUUGUUCCGACCUGGCCAGAGUUCGCACACCAAGUACUACGCCAUCAUUACUCUGAACCAGACCAUUCUGAGACAGAAGGAAGAGAAGGUGGCUUCUCAGUUGCUGGAUAUCUACUUUGGAAUGUUCCUCGUCCUUCUGAAGCCCUCUACCGGCAAGCCAGCACCUCCACCCAAACGCGGCAAGCCUGGCAAGGGUCACAAGGGCAAGGGUGACGACGAGUCAAAGGGCCAAGCCCAGGAGGAGGAAUUGCGAGAGAAGUUGAUCUCUGGAGUUUUGACCGGUGUCAACCGUGCUUAUCCCUUCACUGACUCCGACUCCGAUCGCAUGUCAAAGCACCUUGACACUCUCUUCCGUAUCACUCACUCGUCAAACUUCAACACCAGUAUUCAAGCUCUGAUGCUCAUUCAACAACUCACAGUGGCCAACAAGGUCUCUGGUGAUCGUUUCUACCGCACUCUGUAUGAAUCUCUGCUCGAUCCUCGGGUUGCCACUUCAUCCAAGCAAUCUCUCUACCUCAACCUUCUCUACAAAUCUUUGAAGAACGAUCUCAAUGUCCGACGAGUCAAGGCGUUUGUCAAGCGUCUUGUGCAGGUCCUGGGCAUGCACCAGCCCUCGUUCAUUUGUGGUAUCUUCUACAUGAUUCGCGAGCUUGAGAAGACUUUUACAGGCCUGACAGCUCUGGUCGAUCAACCAGAGGAACUCGAUGAUGACGAGGAGGAGAUCUUCCGCGAUGUUCCUGACGAGGAUGACGAGCCCGAGGAGGCACCGGUUAUUGAUACCAAGCCUAAGCAGAACAACGCAUACGACCCUCGCAAGCGAGACCCUGAGCACAGCAACGCUGAUAGAAGCUGUCUUUGGGAAUUGCUUCCCUUCACCAACCACUUCCAUCCUUCCGUUUCUCUUAAUGCCACCAACCUGCUCGAGCAAAAGCCCAUGAGCGGCAAGCCGGACCUGACAUUGCACACUCUCACUCACUUCCUCGAUCGCUUCGUCUACCGCACGCCCAAGGCCAGUGCAGGUGCCCGUGGUGCUUCUAUCAUGCAGCCUCUCGCUGGUGGAGACACUGUCGACCGAUUGGUGGAGGCUGGUAAGAAGACUCAGAACCAGCUACCACUGAACACCGACGCCUUCUGGAAGAAGAAGGCCGAGGACGUUGCAGCUGAGGAUGUCUUCUUCCACGAGUACUUCACCCGCGUCAACAAGGACAAGGAGAAGUCCCGCGUCAAGAAGGGCAAGGCGACUGAUGCCGAGGACCGUGACGACGAGGGUCUCAGUGAGAACGAGGAUGAGAUUUGGAAGGCACUCGUCGAUUCCCGCCCUGAGCUGGAAGCCGACGACAGUGACGACGAUCUGGACAUGUCCGACUUGGAAUCUGCGUUUGACGAUGAGGAGGGCGAAGGCGAGGGCGAUGAUGAGUCCGACGGCGGUGUCAUCUUCAACGACGAGUCCGACGUUGCUUCCGACGAAGAGAUGGCCGACUUCAGCGAGCCCGAAGAGGCCCCCGCCCCGACGAAGAAGGCUGCCAAGAAAUCCUCCAAGGAAGACGAAGAAGAUUCCGAUGACUUUGACAUGGAUGUCUCCGAUGAUGAGGCCUUCUACGACAGCGACGAGGAUCUUCCCUCGGACAUUGAGCUUGGUGGUGCGGCACUCGCAGAACCCGAGGCCCCUGUUCCGGAAGAGUCCAACAGCAAGAAACGUCGCAAGCUCAAGCAGCUGCCUACUUUCGCCUCUGCAGACGAUUAUGCGGCGCUUCUGGCGGACGACGACGACGGCAUGUAA